AUGCCGUUGAAGUUAAAUUUUAAGCGCACACAUAGAUAUAACGUUGCAGCUAAGGAUCUGCAUGUUAUAAGAAUAUAUACACUUGAUAACACAUGCGUUGAGUAUACUGUAUCUUCAAGCACUACUGGUCGGGAUGCUUUAGAAUAUGUUGCUCAGAGACUAGAUAUAGAAGAUAUUUACUUUUUUGGAUUCACUUAUGAGGACUGGGCAGGAGAACAAAAGUGUUUGUUUCUUAAUAAAUCGAUUAAAAAGCAACUAGACAAAUAUGCCCGUCAACAUGCACUAACUCUUACUGUCAUGCUUUUUAUUGAUAAUCCGCAGUUUUUGCCUGAUCCGCAGAUAAGACGUUGGUUUUACCUUCAGCUCAGGAGGAAUGUUGCAAUGGGUCUUCUUCCUGUUACGUUAAAAUUAGCAAUAAAACUUCAAGCAUAUAGUCUUCAAGCUGAGUUUGGAGAUUUUGUGGACAUCGAAACUACACUUUCAAACUGGAGAGAAAGAAACUUACACUCGGAAACUUCUGUUGUUGGUGCCUUUGAUUUGUCAACAACGGAAUAUGUUGACGACAUAGUUUGGGGUUAUUCUCAUCUACAAGGAGUUUCUCAAGACAAUGCAAUAUGGUAUUUUCUAGAUGAAAUCAGACAUAAUCCUCUCUAUGGUGUUCGAACAUUUAGUGGUAUGACAUGUAGUAAUGAAGUUGCGGAACUUGGUGUUUCACGUAAUGGUAUUAAUAUUACUACGUUUGAGCCUCAAAGACAAACAAUCGCUAACUUAAAAUGGGAACAUAUUAAAGACCUUACGUAUACUCGUAAGACAUUUACUAUUCAACUGUUAAAAAGGGGAAAGUCCGUUCAUUUCAUAUUUGAGGAUUAUGAAAGCGCGCGUUAUCUAUGGCAGUUUUGUAUUCAGAUGCACAGUAGUUAUAUUGAUUAUUGGACACAUGUAAAAUCGGUCCCACCACAACCGGCAGUUCAUAUCUCGGAACCUCCAGAUAUACUAAGAGGUACAGAACUACGCUGUACUUAUUCUGGUUCACCGGUAUUAAAUGAUUUUGCUGCGGAGUUAUCGACCUCUGAACAUCCAAGUCAGCAAUACACUAAGUACGAUGUCGAACCAGUCAAUGAUGAAUCGCAAAGAAUACAACAAAAUAACGCGGAUCCACAACACUCAGGUGGAUUAAUUAAUCCUUGCAAAUUAAUAGAUCCGUUUAAAAUUGAGUCGAAUACUACAGCCCUGACUAGUGAUAACAAGACUUUCAGGAUUAAUCCUUCUCCAAGAAGGCCUAGUGAAGCUACUUGCAUGGUUUCAUGUAAUUCAAACUUUAUCCAGAAUACUUUUGUUAGUAAAGUGACGACUACAAACGCAGAUUUUAAAGAACAAAAUGCAGAUAGUGAGUCUGGAACUCUUGUUGGUCACUGGAGUCUUAAAAGCGGUGCUGGAACUUUGGAUUCCCAACUCUUAAACAAAGGCUGUGUGACAUGUCUUCCUGGACGUGAAUGUCUAAAGCCAACUGGAUGGUUCCUUUCCAAAAGUGGAGUAGCAAACACAACUUCUACGGUGUCAAAAGAAUCGAAAAUCACUUUCAGUGAUCAACAGUCUUCUAAAACAUGUGGUUCUUUGGCACCUCUUACCAAUAAAGAAAUGCAGAUUAAUCAUGAAGAUUCUUCUUUUGUCCAAAAUAAACAACAUAACACAAGUGAAAUAACUGAAGAACAUAAAAUUACUAAGAGUCAUCGUUCACAUAAACAUCGUCAAACAAAACGUCAUCAUCAAGAACAAAUCAAAGCAAACAUAGCUAUUACAAGUGAGAUGACGAACAGACAUGAAAAUACAAACUGCUGUGAACCUCUUAGCCCACUUCACUUAUCAACAGUGGACGUUGUAUUAAGUAAAAAAGAGGUAUGUCCUGAACAAUCAUCUCCUUCAUCUCUAGCCUCCUCUGAUAGCUCUUCGGAACAUGUGUUAGUUUCUCCAAGAGCAUCAUUUUCCUCUUCCUCUUCAAGUUGUACAGCCAGCAUUAAGAAAAUUGAUCUUGUUCAUGCUGCACAACAUCAAUCAUGCAGUUCAUCAACUUCAAGUAGUUCGAGUAAUUCUAUCACGCAAGCUGAUUUCGAAGCAAACGAAGCCAGAAAAACGUCAUUUGGUUUCGCAGCCUCUCUAUGUACUUCUGCUAACAACGUUACUUUUAAAAGUCCAUCAAAGUCAAAUACACGUGGAUUAAGUUCAGGUUCAGGUCCUACAUUCCCAAGCGGUCGAAAAUUAUGGCAUGAGUUAAUUCAUUCAAAUAGUGGUGGAAUUCUACCAUUACUGAGUGGGUUAAGCCAACGACAUUACAGACCUCAGUCUCAAAUGAAACGGUUCCAAGCCUCAACUUCGAUAGCUCCGGAAGCCAUUGUUCAGAAGCCUGAUUUCGAAGCUGUAACUACUAGUUAUAUACAAAACCGUCAUAAUUCUAAAAAAACUGUUGAUAGAUUAUCAACACAUAUCCAUAAAUCAAGUACACAGUUAAGUCCAUCAAAUAAUCCGCUUCAGGAGUUUCAACGUUGGUUUUCAUCUGCCAAACAUCGCAUUCCAUUUGGAUGGACAAGCAAUGCUACCAGUCGAGGAACCGCAAUGAAUAUUUCAGCUCCUCUUCCUUAUCAAACGUCCGGAAAUUGUUGUGAAAGCCAAGUCACUAGAUCUGAAAAGGAACAAUGCUUAGAUGUUACAUCUAAUCCUGUAUCAUCCACAGCACAUCAAAAUAUAAAUAACCAGUCAACAUCGAAGACUGGACGUCUUGAACGAUCUGCUAGUGAAUCCUAUUCACGUUCAGUCAGUUCCAGCUUGAAUAACUCUAAGACUAUUGUUCUGGUGAAUUUAGAACAAUCUAGCAUGGAUGAUGCAAAUCCACAAAAACUGAAAUCUUCAACAAAGGAUUCAAAGAAUACAACUGUAAAUGAGACGAAGAUAUUGACACCAACAAUUCAUUUACUUCCACCCAGUCCUACAAGAUCAUCUUUUAAGAUUAGCGGCAAUAAAGAAAUAAAUGUUGUUAAAGGCGAUUUACAUGAUAGUAAGGUUCUUUUAACAUCAUGUUCCAAUUUUAAUUCAAAACCAGAAUCAAAUGACAUUGAGAAAAAACAUCCUGAAGAUAAUGAGAUAUAUAAUAAGUCUAACGUGAAUAAAGUUAAUUUAAUUUCUGAACCGAAAAAUAAUUUCUUGUCCAACUUACAAUCGGGGAAUUUUACGAGGCCAUUAAAUCAAUCAGCUCAACAAGAACAGGGGAACUUUCGUACUUCUUCCUCUUCCUCUUGGCGGCUAUUUCCAUGUCCUCUUACGUUAAACGAAGCUAAUCGUUUGGCUGUCACUCCACCAAGAAAGUUUGUUAAUUCCGUAUCAGAUAACUGUUGCUCAUCACCCACCGAAUUCCAUCCUAAUAGACCAAUGUAUAACGUGUCAGGAUAUCAACACUCAAAUUUCAAUCAUGAUCCACGCGUUAAUCUUGAUGUAUCUCAUACAACAAUUACUGAAGCUACAUUUAGAGAAGAGAUGGAUGAAAAGCGUCAGAUCAUAAAAAAUACCUUGAAUGAUAGUAUGUGCCAGAGACACUUUUCCACAACACCAACUACACCAGUCAGUCGACCUAAUCUCUUAUGGAAGGAAGCGUCUGACCGAUCAUGCGAUCAUGGCAGUUCUCGAGAAAUAGCUCACUCAUUACGUCAACAAGAUGAAUGUGAUAACGAUAAACAAACUAAUGUGGAUGUCAAAGGAUCAGUAAGUAGCUCAACAAACGUUAAUAGAGAAUGCAGCUCAGUGAUUAAUACAUGGUCUUCUAAUAAUCAACUGAAAGGUAAAUCUGUGGUUGAUGAUGAAAACUGUAUACUUGAUACUAUGGAAAAUAGUCAAGAACUCGAAAAUAAACCAUCAAGCAACACUUUGUUAACAACAUCUAGCUCGUCGGAUCAAUGCAGUAUACCACGUCCAUCAUCUGGCACCAUGCAUCUACUUACAAACUCUGAUAUUCAUCAAUUAUUGAGUCUAACUAAUUUGAAGGAAACUGAACUUGCUCAUCGUUUGCUUGCUGAAUAUCGUCAAGCUUUACUUCAACAACAGUGUUUACAUACAAAUAGUGUUAGUACACCUAAUUUGACUGCAAGUCAAGAGUUACAAGUGUUGUCUUCGUCGAAUGCAGCAGAAGAUAUAGAAGGUCAGGAAGAUCAGAUAAAUACUUCAGCUCCAGAAAAACCCAGAUACAAAUCUUUUAACAAACGGUCUGAUGAGUCCAGACAAACUUCAAAAAGAGUCACGGAACAAAUCAUAUUUCUUCUGAUUCAAUGCGCAAUCCAUUAUGUAAAUGCAGCGGCAUUUAGAAAUGAUAGACGCCACACAAAUGAGAGACCGCUAAGUUUAGCAAGUUCAACAGAUAUUGACUCGAAUGCAACAUUUCGUGUACUGUCAAGUUUUGAAAUGCGUACAAGCAGUGGUGGUAACUAUUCCACUGGUAAUCUUAUACUUACGAAUUGUAGUAUAGGAAGUGAAGAAGCAACUAUGGGUUUAUCAGUAGAUCUGACAAAUCCUGAUAGCCAACCUGGUGUAGAAUCUAUGACAAGUCAUUCAUCUAAUAAAUCUUGGGAUCAAGAACAAAGGUCAAUAACAGAAGGAAAUCACCUUCAAGACCAUAAAGAUAGCAACUCCAAUACAGAAGUUUGUCUACACGAGGAUUUAACUUGUACAGAUGUAGAUAAAUUGAAUAUUUAUGGUCAGCCUCCUGAUUUAUGCAUGACACAAAAAGGAACUUCAUUUUCAAUUAAAGAAUAUUUAAAUAAACCGCGUUCUAAAGUUCAAUGUAAUCAUCUUAACUCACAAAGACAUCAUGUUAUCGGAGAGUAUGAAAAUCUCGAAGCGAUAUCUUGUGAAAAGAACAAGAAAAAUUAUUUACCAGAUUAUCUGUGCAGAUCUACACAUGAACAUCAUGAUGGUAAUCAUUGCAUAUCACACGAUUCUCAGCCACAAAGGACAUUGAGCAAAAAUGUGAUUUCAUCUUGUAAUACUCCUCCAGAAUCGUUAACAACAUUGACCCGCUCAGGUGAAUCUACAUCUCCUUCACCAUCAACUUAUUCAGAAUCGUCAUCUACGCUAUCUUCAUCUUCACCUUAUUCAGAUUUAGGAUGUAUCGAUUCAAUUCAAAGAGUUUCAUUACGAAAAUAUUCAGCUGGCAAAACACCCUUCAACACAAGAAACGAGGUACAACAUUCUUUACCAUGGCGUCAAUUAUGCUACUUAGAAGGGGGAACAAAGUUUAAGAGGAAUCACAGAAAAGACGAGAAGUAUUACGAAAUGUUUUCAACUGUUAUUACUCCGCGCUUUAAAAAGCGCAUUAAAUAUUGCAAUUGUAGCUGUCAUAAAUCAGUUGAACACCUUAAAAUCAACAAACCCAACUCAUCUCGAACAGAAACCAACGAUUUGAGUCUGAUAGAUGUAUCAAAUCCUUCUGGAUAUAGACGUAUAAAACAGAAAGCUCACUCUUUUGAACCAUUUUCCAAAAUUACUAAUACUAAGCCAUCCGAACAUCACUUUACUUCUGUUUGCUUUGAAGAUGUCAGUAAAGGUGUAGUUCCCAGUGAAAGUGCCUCAAGUAAUAUUCAAGAAUAUCAACGGAAGCAUAUCAAAUCGUCAAACCGCAAAUCACAUCAUAUUAUUGCAUCAAAUAUACCAGUCAGCGUAAAUUGUAGUAAUUACCCAUCUUGUUGUUAUUGUGAACAAAUGGAUUACCAUUCACAUAAUGAUGUGAGCGAUUCUAUGAAUACAUCACCAACAGAUAGUCCUUGUCUAUCAUCUGCAUCCUCUUACUCAUUCUCUACUUCUUCCUUAGAUGUUCAACCAGUGUUUGACUGUCCACAUCACUUCCAUAUACCCAGCUAUACAUCUGUUGUAAUUGGACAUAAAAGUGGACGUAAUCAUCGAAGUGGUAGUUUAGAGCCCAGUAGCAUUAUUCACCGAUCUAUUCCGCGUAAACCAAAACCCAGAAAUUUAACUAAGUCUUCAAAGCGCCGACUAUCUGUAAGAAAAGAAUAUCAUAAUGGUAACAGUCAAAGUACAAACUCAGUUGGUUUACAUUAUUCAGAAAAUUACAAACGUGAACAUUGCAGUUGUUGUGAAUUCCAUGAGUCUCCUACAAAACGGGAUUUGCUAGAACAAUAUAACCGAAAUAACAAUAAUAGUAGUAACACUAACAGUAUUAAUAAUAAUAAGACCAUCAAUAAUAAGUCAAUGAAUUUAUUUUUUCGUUUACCGUUUACGAACGGUUAUCAUGAUAAUGAUUCAUCCAAUUAUUCACGACAUUUUGAUCAUGGUUUAAAGAAUGAUGAGAAACCGCCUAUAAUUGUAAAGCGGAAAUUUAAUGGACUAAAUAAUGUUAAUAAUAUCAAUUGUCAGCGUACACACCGAGGCGAAUAUUACUCUACAAAAGAGAAGAAUUUAACCGAUACACCAUUUAUUCAAAAAGGUAUAAAUAAUAAUGAUGAUACUGUCGCUACUACUACUACUACUACUAUAUCUACUGCUACUAUUACUAAUAACAAUAAUAACAGUAAUACCUAUUCGUGUAAUCAUCAGAACAGAUCUGCACAAAACUUUGAAAAUGAAGGUUCUUUUAAACCACCGAGGCCAAAAGAUUUGAAGGUGUUUUCACGAAAUCAAAAUUUCAGUCCUGUUGACCUCACAAAAUAUCGAUCAUCUUCCGGUAAAAGGAUUUCAUUUUUCAAAAAGAAAAUUCCCAGUGAGUCACAGAUUAUGGCACAUGAUCAACUUCAGGAAAUGAAUAAGUCAACGGAAAAGGAAGCCAUUCAGUGCAGUUGGACAGAAAAAGGAAAUUUACCUGCACCAAAUGCAUCAAUCCACACACCUCUCCCUUCACCUGAUUUACUUUGUAGACCUAAUGCGAAAAACAACGGUUAUGCUGUAGGAAGCCUUCGAUCAUCCAAAGUAUCAGAUUACCGUCGUGAAAAUUUGAUCAAAACACAGCCAUCUAAUGACACACGAUUUCUAAAUAAAAUCAACAGAAUGAAACUAAUUAUUCUAUCUCCCAUCAUACAGUGCAAAUGA